AAGAGUCCUCCUUUCAUCAAAGGUAGUAAAGUGGACAACCCAUUUCUACUCAUGGUGAACUUUAAAGCUUUCAUAUAAGCUAGCUUUUUGUGGAAGAUUUUCUAAACACUAGGUCACUUUGAAACCACAAAUUUUGUAACUUUGCUACAAGCGAAGAGUGUCAGAAAUGGCUGUCCCGUCUUCUUGCUGCUUAUGCACCACCACAGAAAUUGGAGGAAGUGUUUGCUUUUUAUUUCUUCCAACAGUGUCACAAGGAGCAAAGGAAAGAUAUGUUUAUAUGCUUACACCAAAGUUGUCAAUACAUACGAAAUGAUAGAGAUGACUGUAGCAUCAUAAAGGAAGCUAAACGAAUGGCAUUUGAUCUAAAUGGUGUUUGGAGAGUGACUCACAUCAACAGGAAUUUUAGAGUCUGCCCUAGUUAUCCUCAAUUUCUGUUAAUCCCAGCAUCAUUAUCUGAUAAAGAACUUGAGGCAGCGGCCAAGUUUCGUUUCUCCAGACGUAUUCCAACUGUUGUAUGGAGACACCAGAAGAACGGUACAGUCAUUGCUCGAUCCAGUCAGCCAUCUGUAGGAUGGUUAGGAUGGCGUAGUCAACAGGAUGAACAUCUUUUACAGGCCAUAAUAGAUGCUUUUGUUAUUGACUCAAAAAGAAAUCCCACUCUUGUUCAAAAUAGCCCAGUAGUUACUUGUCAACAUGGUACUAUGUCUGAAACAACAACUGGAAUCCAAAGUUGGGAAUCAUCUUUAAUAACCAACAAACUAUGGAUUCUUGAUGCCCGUUCUUAUACUGCAGCUGUAGCCAAUCGAGCUAAGGGAGGUGGCUGUGAGUGUCCAGAAUAUUAUCCUAAUUGUGAAAUCAAGUUCUUGAAUCUUGCCAACAUUCACAGCAUACGGAAGAGCUUUCACAGCCUUCGAAUCCUGUGUAUGCUAUCAACAACCCAGGAAACUUGGCUCUCAAGUCUAGAAAAUACUAGGUGGCUGCAUUACAUCAGUGAUCUUUUAAAUGCUGCUUUGGUAGUGGUUAAUUCUGUUGAUAUUGAUCAGCGGCCAGUACUUGUCCACUGCUCAGAUGGCUGGGAUAGGACACCUCAAAUAGUAGCACUUGCUGAGCUAAUGCUGGACCCAUUUUAUAGAACAUUGGAGGGCUUUCGCAUCUUAGUUGAAAAAGAAUGGCUGGACUUUGGCCAUAAAUUUUGUGACCGUUGUAGUACAGGACCUAGAAGAGAUGACCCUUCAGAAAAAUCUCCAGUGUUCCUUCAGUGGUUGGACUGUGUUUAUCAGCUACUACAUCAAUUUCCUUGUGAAUUUGAAUUCAACCAACAGUACUUGUUAAAGUUAGCAGAACAUAGUUUUUCAAAUCUUUUUGGAACAUUCUUGUGUAACACAGCUCAACAACGACAGAAAGAACGUGUUAAUCAACAGACAUUUUCAGUAUGGGCUUAUUUAAACUCCAAGAUAGAUGCAUUCUUGAACUACCUUUUUGUUCACGAUAAAGAGGUUCUAAGACCAUCAUGUCGACUGAAUCAUCUUGUUUUUUGGGAGGAACUGUAUAUUCGUCCAGAGGAACAUCUCAAAUGUAAAACUGGUGGACAGAGUUUUCCACUCUUUGAUUUAGCCAAACCAAAAAAAUUUACAGAGCAAAAUCAUAUGAAAGUUUGACCCAAGUGCAACAGAAAUACAUUACCUACCAGCAAAGACGCUGUAGUGAUUCAGAUAUUGGAAAAAAUAUGAGGACAUUUAUUCACAAUACCAAAAGUGCAAAAUUGUUAUUAGUUCAAUCUCAACCAGAAUCAAAGCAGAUAAGGUUGACAGCCCAACCACCUUUUUGGCCUAAAGAUAACUCUUUUGGGGAAAAGGAUGAUUACUUAGUUCUGAAACAUAAAAACAAGUGUAUGUGCUUAACUACCUUAAAACAAAAAAUGGGCAAUAAAUGUAUAUGUGAGGCAUUUCAAGAACCAUUAAUGAAAGAAACAGAAAGUGUGUGGUUAGAUAAACCUACAGAGUCAUCCUUUUUAGGUUGUUUGGCUAAAUCCUGUUUUAAAUGUAAGCCUCAUAUAGGCCAAGGUUACAGAAUCCAGCUCCAUGACUGUUCAUCUUCUAAUAUACCAAGUGUUUCAAAUGAUGGCGAAUCAACAUCAGAAUUUUUAUCUGGUACUAUAUCUCCAUCACCUUCAUCAAAGGUAGAACAGAAAACAAAGUCUAAUAGCAAUGAUAUCAAUUUGAUUAGAAGAAGGGAAAAAACCUUUAAAAAAGACACAAGAACCAACAUAUGUGAUAUGUAUUUCCUAAGUACAAUCAACAUGAAUGGAGAUUUUGGGAUAUUGGGAAAUUUAGAUGGACUUGGAAUAUUCCAAGAUAAAGUUCAAGUGAGACUUCAGGAAAUAGCAAUUUCUCAUGAGGCAGAAGUGGGAAGUCUAUGGCAAGAAAUAAUCCAGUUAAAGCAUAAGCUAGUUCAUUCAAUGGAACAGCAUUUGGCCUACAAAACUGACAGAAAUUGGGUUCCUACUUCAGUUACUAACACUAAAAUAAACAUGGGGAAUAUAUAUGAAAAGGUCAGAAGUAUAAAAUCUUAGGAGAAGCACUUUGGAACUUCAUGGUCAAAACUAGAAAUGACAGAAUAGUACUACUC